AUGAACUACGUUCCGGGGACGGCGAGUCUGAUCGACGACAUCGACAGUAAGAGAAAAAAAAACGAUUUUAGGGGGAAAAAGGAGAAAAAAACGGUUCAGACGAUGGCAGAGGGUCCAAAUAAACCCUUUAAAAUGUGUUAAAUUCUGACUUUAAACCUGUUUGUCUGUCUGUGAUCUACAGAGAAGCACCUGGUCCUGCUGAGAGACGGAAGGACUCUGAUCGGAUAUCUGAGGAGCAUCGAUCAGUUUGGUAAAGUGAUCAGAUCUCAGCUGGUUCGAUCAGAAAAAAAGACCCAAAACUUCAGAUUAAUCCAUGUUAGCUCAGUCAGUCAGGACUCAGGUCAACAGGACUGUCUCAUCCACAUCUUUAAUGUUUCAUUUAUUUCUGUAUAUUCAUGAUAAUCUACAUUAAACUGGAUUUAACCCGAAAACACUAAAAUUAGAAACACCAUCACUGUCACUGUCGGGUGAUUUUUACCUGAAAUAAUAAACCCGAGAAACAGUCCUUGUCAUCAAAAUAGGACGAUAGAUGACACAUUACAGUAGUUUUCUCUUAUUGUUAACUCUCCUCCUGUGUUAGAGUCUGCACUGACCUCAAAAGAAACACUUAAAUUAGGUUUCAUUUUGCAUCAAGACUUUUUGACUUUGUCAGGAACCUCGAUUUCACUGACAUAAAAAUAAAAAAAUUAAUUGACUAAAUGAUAAAAAGCUCUUAUUAAACUUAUGGCACUUGUCAUGUUAGGGUCGCUGUUGACCCGGUUAGAUCAAUAUCUAAUAAUUAGAGUUCAGUAUAGAUGUCUGUGUGAGGAGAAUACUGACAAAGAAAGGCCCAGAGGACCACAACUAAAACUAUUAUCAUCAAUAUUUUUAUGGAUAAUGAAGCCAAACAAGGUAACCUAGAGAUGAGAACCAAACUGGAUGAUAGAGAAUAGUUCUUAAUUUACAGCUGAUUUAAGACACGGGUCAAAACCGACCCUGAACAUGGUGGGUAUGCAGUAAAGUGAACACAGGAGGAAGGUUAACUGUAAUGUCCAAAGGGAGGGGAAAAAGUGACAUGAGGGGACCAGAUAUAAAUACAAAACAACUGAAAUUAGGCAUAGGCAUCAACAAAACAUUCCUAAAAAGAUAUAUAUAUUUAUAUAUAUACACAAUAACAGCUGCAGGAGAGAGAACCAAAAUAUGUCAGAUUUGGAGUAAAAAUGAUUAAAGCUGACUUAAAUAUUUCUUAUCUCCAUCUGAAUUCUCUUGAAAAUCAUGACUUUGUGAUCGUUAUUCAUAACCACUGUGCUAAAUAAAGAUAUCAUGUAAACUCCAGGACCACUCUACUGACCUUAUUCCCUACAUGCAGCUAUCAAAUCCACCCAAACCUACUUUACCCUCCAUCACUAAAAUCACCCCGUGAACACGUGUCUGUGGGAAAAAGCUGGUUUUGGAAAAUCAGGGAAACAAAUAUGUCUUCAACCCAGAGACCCGUGAUACUCAGACAAACACAACAUCAGGAAGAUCACCUAAAAACAGGUUUGGUCACUGGGGGAAAAUCACCCGGAGGUAAUCUUCUAGGGUUAACCUCUCUAACCUCUCUCUAUUUUUUCUCCUCCAGCUAAUUUAGUUUUCCAUCAGACUGUGGAGAGAAUUCAUGUGGGCAAGAAAUUCGGAGACAUCCCCCGAGGAAUCUUCAUCGUGAGAGGAGAAAAUGUGGUGCUGCUGGGAGAAAUAGUGAGUCAGGAAAUCAACCUUAUUUUCACUGAUUCAGAGAUAUGAUGAUGAUGAUGAGGAUGAUGAUGAUGAUGAUGAUGAUGAUGAUGAUGAUGAUGCUGAUUGGGUUUGAACAACACCAGAGAACUCAGGUUCAGGUGACUUGAUUUGCACAUGUAGGUAGAUUUGUUUUGCAGCAAACCGAUGACGUCCAGUCCAACUUCACAAAACCAGCAGAAUAAAAAUUACUAAAACAUGAUUUCUGAAGUAUUUCAGCUCCACCAAACACAGCUUUAAGGGAGAGGGAUGCAUUAAUAGAUAUCACUCUGAUAAAUAAAUAGAUAAACGCUGAGAUAAAACUCAGGUUAAAGCAAGUAUCAAACGUACAUAAAUAUGUGCUCCUGACGUGUGCAAAUAUUUCUGCAUCUUGUUCUGCUCAGUUACAGCAACAGGGAGAAAAAAUCACUUUUUAUAACUUUGUUCUGCACAUUUUUACUAAAAAUCUCUGUUCUGACAAAAACACUUUUAUUGCAAAGAAUAAAAAUCAUCAUUUAAAAUUAAGGUACCUGCUGUAGCUGCUGUAGAUCACAGUUCUGCUCAUCAGUCUUUUCUCUUGUAUACUUACUUUAUAAUCUCUGAGGAUGCUCUUUGUCGUUUUUUAUUGUUUUAAUGCACAUACAAAAUAUCUAGAAAUGUGAUGAAUGACAUAAACAAUAAGAACUUUAUAAAUUUAUGACAAACAAAGUAAGAGGAAAAACUAAACACAAUAAAAUAAAAAUGGAUUUAAGUCGAGAGGAGAAACUCUAUAACCCGAGAUAUUCAGAGGAAGUCUGAUCUGAAAGUAGAAACCAGUUUUAUCCCAGUCUUCAGUAAAUUCAUCUCCUUAUAAACCAGAUCAAUCUGUUUAUCUUAUUAAGUGAGAAACUCUUUUUUUUUUUUUCAGUCAGAGUCUGAACAGGUAAGAAGUGAAAACAGGUGCAGGACUCAAACUCAAACCUGAUUAAAGGUUGUAUAAAGACGAGUCUCUGAAACCGGGUUCACUCUUUACAACAGAUCAAUAAAAACAUAUAUAACUAACAUAAACCCAUGGAUGGCAGAGGUGAACAGGUUUAAGACACCUAAACCUUUUUUAAACUGAGAGGAUUUUUGUCACAAACAGAGUCUCUGAUAUAUUUUUAACUUUGAACCAAACAGGGUCACAGCAGAGACACUAUAAAGAACAUGGAAACAGUCUUUUUCUGUGUUUCUGAAACAUUUGUAAAAGAGGAUUUAACAAUAACUUUAUUUUCUUGAACUGAUUGGAGUCUUAAAAAAAAGACGCACCUUUCACACCUGUCAUCUUACUAACAUGUUAACUUCUCCAUCUGUCCCAGCUUUAAAUAAAAAUGUGUUUGUGGACAUCAAACUCAGAACGGGACAUUAUUGAGAAAUUUCUCAUUCUGUUGUUUUUGUGCUAAUUUAAGUUUAAUUUGGCGUUUGAAGAUUCUGCUCCUCGUCUCACUCUCUGUCUGUUUUUAUUUGACACCGCCUCAUAUUUGAUCUGAAAACGUAUUUGUACCCUGAGUGUUAAUGUCAGAGUCAUUGUAAUUAUGAGUUUCUGUGAAAUAAUCUUCAUCUGGUCUAACUGCUGACGUAGGAGGAGAUUGAGUGUGUACGUCAGAGUUUCUGGUCUGGUCACACUCGUGUAUUUUUGUGUGUUUUUAUAUCUUUGACUGAUCACAUUGACUCUGUCUCUGUCAGGAUGUGGAUAAACCCUGCGACACGCUCCUGCAGCAGGUUUCCAUCGAGGAGAUCCUGGAGGAGCAGCGGCUGCAGCAACAAACCAAACAGGAGACGGAGAAAGUGAAAAUGCAGGUGCUGAAGGACCGAGGCCUCUCCAUCCCCAAAGCCGAUAACUUAGACGAGUACUGA